AAAUCUACCAACCUCCUUCUUCCUUCUCUCGCGAAGUCUGGGUCCCCUUUUUUUUUCUUUUAAUCGUUAUUUUAAACUAUUAGAGUUUCUCUGUGUUUGUUCCUCACACCAUUCCGAGUUCUGGGCAUAAAUUGCCUUCGGAGCUUGUUAACGGCUCUUUGGAAUUAACCUUGACGAGUCUGCGACGACGCUGUAAUUUACAGUGAACCGGGUAUUGCGAGAUAAUCCGCCGGCUGGAUUGCGCUUUCGUCGCGCCGACUACUGAUCACUCUACGAUCGUAUCAUCCCCAAUAUUUCAACCCACCACAAUAAGCUCUGCUUCGUCGUCUAGCUUUCUUUAGUUACGCCACUGUUGUAUUCGCAUAACCGCUUUCGUUCGUUUGGAGGAAUAUCGCCAAGAUGUCUAAGGUUAUGAGAAGUGUGAAGAAUGUCACCAAGGGUUACUCGAGUGUCCAGGUUAAAGUGCGCGAAGCGACGAGUAAUGAUCCAUGGGGACCGACCGGAACCCAGAUGAGCGAGAUUGCUCAGCUCACAUACAAUUCAUCGACCGAGUUCUUUGAUAUCGUUGACAUACUCGAUAAGCGCCUGAACGACAAAGGCAAGAAUUGGAGGCAUGUUUUGAAGGCAUUGAAAGUCCUCGAUUAUUGUCUCCACGAAGGUUCCGAGCUUAUCGUCACCUGGGCGCGAAAGAAUAUCUACAUCAUUAAAACGUUGCGCGAGUUCGUCUAUAUUGACGAAGAUGGUCGGGAUGUAGGACAAAAUGUCCGAGUUGCCGCGAAAGAAUUGACAGCCUUGAUCCUGGACGAUGAAAGACUGCGAGCCGAACGGAGCGACCGAAAAACAUGGAAGUCUCGGGUUACUGGCAUCGAAGAAUUCGCGCCCGAAGGGGUUACAGUCCCACGAGGACACAACCGACCUCAGCGACGUGUUAGCGAUGAGGAAGAGGAUGCCGAGUAUAAGCUAGCAAUAGAAGCUAGCAAAUACCAAGAAGAGGAGGAUCGAAGGAAACGCGAAAGCCGCCAGGGGGCCGAGGAUGAUGAUGAUUUAGCCAAGGCUAUUAAGCUUAGCCAGGAGGAAGAUGAACGAAGAAGGCGAGAACUGGAAGAAAGUAAUGCUAGUUCACUUUUCGAUGAUGCUGGACCGAGCAACGUCCCUCAACCGACUGGCUUAAAUAUGGGAUAUCAGCAAGGUAGUAACGUUGACUGGCUUGGGAACCCGAUCGAUCAGAAUCAGAUGAUGCAACCGCAACCGACCGGAUACGUGAACAAUUCGUAUACUGGAUACCCAGCCAAUGGCUAUACGAAUGGCUAUACGAAUGGCUACAACAAUGGUUUCAAUCCUCAGCCAACAGGCGUAUAUGACCCUUACGGUCAACAACAGCAACUAAUGCAACAGCAAAACACUCUCCAGCCUCCCGCGCAGCAGUUCCAGAUGCAGCCUACUGGAUACAAUCCUUACGCACAGCAGCCCCAAUUCCAGACCCAGUUCCAGCCUCAGCCUACUGCUUCAGAGCCGGCCGUUCAACCUGGAAGCAAUAACCCAUGGGCUUCUAACCAGCAAAACCAAUCGGCACUCAAGCCGAUGCCAACCGGGUCGAACAACCCCUUCGCCACCGGCUUUGGGCGUCAGCAGCAGCAGCAAUCCCAAGCCCCGGCAAUCCCGACUCUAAGUAGCUUGCAGAGUCUUCCUGAGCAGAAGUCUCUCCAGACAUUUACUCCGUCUCCUCAACCUCAAGUCCAAUCUCAGCCCCAACCUUCCUUUCAGAUCCAGCCGCCUCAGAAGACUCUUAGCGAACACGAACAAAAGCUUAAUGCCCUUCUUGCUAGCGGCGAGGGUAUGGAUACGUUUGGAAAUACCGGAGAGCUUCGUAUUCCUGCUCAGCAUACCGCGCCGGGUACCUUUGUCAAUUCCGCCGGUUCAGGUAUGAGCAGACUUACGGCCGAGGCUACAGGCAAUAACCCAUUCCUCCGGCAGCAGUUCACCGGUAUGCCAACGGUGUCAUACGGCGCACCGCAGAUGCCUGCGGCUACCGGACCGGCUGGCAUGAACGGAUACGGCGGCGCGAGUAACCCGUUCGCAGCACGACCGCAGCAGAAUAACAACCAGGGGCAAGACCUCAUCCAAUUCUAGAUUUCCCCUUUAUGAAGACGUCCGUGAUGUAAAUCAGGCGCUCUUCAUUUGCAUGCCGUACCUAUGCAUGCACUUUUCUAAGCUGGGCCAUACCCAUCCCAGUUCAUACUUCUCUCGUAUUGUGUUUUUUACACUCUCUGGCCGACUACUAGUAGAUAAGAGUAGAUUGCCAGAGAGCUCAUGUUUGUUUCUCCAAGGAAAAUCAUAGGUGGUGAUUUGGGUCUAC